UAAACAAUUAAAAAUCGACUCGUUUUGGCACUGUUAGCGUCAAUUUGGUAUAUCGGCUAAGCUAUUCGAUUGCCGUGUUUGGCAUCACUAGCGCGUUCCCCUGUAAAUGGUAGCGGGAUCUAUUUAAUUUUUAUUAUAUCAGUUUACUUUCGCUUUUCGAAAAUGGGCGAUAUGCUAAAUAAUUCGGAGAUGCUUAAGAAGCUGGGCAUCGACAGCUCUAAUCAAUGGAUCAUUUACGACGAACAGUUUGAGAAGUUUUUCAACUUUUUGUCAGAAAAUAUUACAGACUCCAACAUUUUAACAGAACAGGAAGUACUGGAAAGUGAGGAAAUGCAACAGCGCGGCACAUGGCUGAACGAAUCAGCGCGUAUCCUCAAGCUGCAACAAAUAGAAUCGGAAAAUCCUGGACUGCUAAAAUACACGACGCAUGACGUUGACGCACUUGCCCUCGAGGUGGAAGCCAUUAAAGAAGCAACCAAGGAUUAUUUCAUACUAAUCGACGAAAUGCAGAACACAAAGCACAGUCAAAGCAGCAAGCUAAGCGAGCUGGAGUGUUCGAUUCUGUCAUUGAGCAAUGGGGAGAAGGAACUAUUAGGCGAGUGUCAGACGAAGGCUCGUCAACUGGAGGAUGUGCAGCGGGAGAACUCCAAACUUAGCGAGGAUGCCAACAAGGGCUUCACCUUGCAGCAAGCUCCGCCUCUGUUCAUGCACCAGCUGCCGCUCGAGCAGUACUUCCUGAAAUGUGACUCAUUCAUGCAGUACUUUACGCUCUACAUGAAGGAGAACUUCAAGAUACAGGAAUUUGCGGAACUCGAGGACGCCGAAGUGAACAUGCAGCAUUUCAAUACCAAUCUGGAGAACUUGCAGACGUCCAUUCAGUAUUAUACACUGGAAUAUAUAAAGGAGAAGGCCAAGGCAAAGGCCACACAGGCGUUGAUUGAUCACAUCGAUCUGAAUAAAAUUCACUGCAUCAGCUUGGCGGACAUUGUACGCGAAACACAUGAGCUGCAGGUGCUCAACAGGAAUCACCUGACUAGCACCUGCGACACUCUAAUGAAUGCACUUGCCAUGCACGUGCAGCAGCACACGCAGCAACGCAUUGAGCUGGUCCUCUACGAGAACACCAAGCUGAAACUGGAGCGGGCCAUGCGUCGCCGCGAAAAUGACAAGCAGUUAACGACUGUCAUUUCCGAUGCACUGUCCAAUGCUGAACUUAUUUGGAUUGGGAUACAAUUGGACCUAGAGAAGAAGCGAAACUGUACGGACAGCUCCAUCGGUCUGUGUAUGCAGGCGCAGACUAAUUGGCAGCGUAUACAAGCGAUGCGCUCGCUGAAUGCCUGCUCCAGGGGCAUCAGUGCACAGUUUGUUCACGAAAUCGCCAGCCAACUAUCAACACAUCUCGGCCAGAACAUUCGAUCAACGGAGGCAAAGAGCUGCCUGUAUGAGUAUGAAAAGUUUGGCCGUCUCUUGACUAAUUCUCUGCACAGCAUGUUAAGCCGGAAGUCACAAGUAUAUGCAUACGAUCAGUUGGCCGAACUCAAAGGUUUGGAGCAACUGCUGAAGCCCUUCGUUUAUAAUUCGCCGCUGGACCAGCCCAUGUUAGAGAACGUUCGAUAUUUGUAUCCCAUGUUUGAUGUUCGACAGCAGCAGCUGCGCUUCGAAGAGUCGCUUCGUCAGCUGCGUACUCAGUUCCAGGAAACGAUCUUAGAGCGUAUGGACAAGGAAAAGCUUUGGCGCUAUAGUAAACUCUUGUGGAUUUGGUUUCUUACCGAUCCGCAACGCAUGAUUCAUGCCAUUGAUGAGGUAAAGAAGAGCUCAGCCAAGAUCCCGGCGCUAACGACCGCCAUGCUGCGUCCCGUCGGAGGACUACAGCGCAAAUGAAUCCAACAGUUGCAUGCACAUCAAAGCCAAUGCAAUAAUAUACAUAUUAGCUAAGUUACAAUAUAAAUAAUAUCAAAUAUUUAUAGUAAUGAAAUCAGUGAUUCUAAAUUGCAAAAUGUCUGAUAGAACGAUGGAUAUUGCAUCUAAUACCUAAGUACCUUAAAUGAAUAUAAGUAAUGUUUUGUUAUCACAUGAAACGAAAGUGAAAUGAAAUAUUUGGCAACUCGAAGCUCAGCAUUCUCUACUCUUCUAAUUUGUGCGAUAAUCCGUCCCUCUCUAAUUGAGUUGGUUUGAACCCCCCCUGUGAAUGAAAUAAAAUAUUUGUAGGCA